UCCCGCCGCCGGGAUCGAGAGCUCGGAUAGCCAUUGGGAGCGUCUCCCGCCAUUCACUCCUAGCGUCCACUUCUACUGGCUGUGGCGCCUGUCCGUCAUUCUUCCAUGACAUGCGAACCCGCCUCCUUCCCUGGCGCUCAUUGGUUGCGGCCUCUUGUUCGUCCCGCCCCUGGUGUCAGCCCGUGUUCCUGGGAGUGGCUGGCGGACUGGCUGACCCACGCGGGGUGGGUGGGCCGGGCAGCCCAACGGGCGGCGGGGGGCGGGCCGGAAGGCGCUUGGGAACGGCGUCCAGCUCCUGCCCGGCGCGACCGGGUGGACACUGACCGCUGGGCUGCAGCCUCCGCCCGCCGAGCCUCUAGGCCGUGUCCAUCCUGAGCAAAGCAGGAGGGACAGACUCGGGCUCCGACGCUCUGGCCACGGCCGGAACCCCAGGCUUGCGGCCCCAGUUUCCGGUCGGCGGAGGCGCUCAGAGGCCCGAGCCCACGGAAGCGGGCUUGGGGGGUCCGGGUCGGGGCCGGACCGGAGAUGGCGCCGCCCUCGGACCCGGCCUCGGCCGCGGUGCUCCUGGCUGUGCACGCCGCGGUGAGGCCACUGGGCGCGGGGCCGGACGCCGAGGCACAAUUGCGGAAGCUGCAGCUGAGCACGGACCCCGAGCGGCCCGGGCGUUUCCGGCUGGAGCUGCUGGGCGCGGGCCCCGGGACGGUCAGUUUGGAGUGGCCUUUGGAGUCAGUUUCCUACACGGUCCGAGGCCCCAGCCAGCAUGAGCUGCAGCCUCCACCGGGAGGGCCUGGGACCCUCAGCCUGCACUUCCUCAACCCCCAGGAAGCUCAGCGGUGGGCAGCGCUAGUCCGAGGUGCCACCAUGGAGGGACAGAAUGGCAGCCUGUCCCAAGCCCUGGGCCCAGAAAUGUGCCCCGUUUCCCCACCCAGUCCCCCUGAAGUGCCCACACUCCAGGCCCCACAACCCAAGGCGGAUCUUUGCUGGAGCCCGGGAAGCUCUGUGGAGAAAGAAGAACUGGUGGGGAACCUGGCCCGGGCCAUUGAGGAUGGGGAUGAGAAGAGGGCAGCCCAAGCAGCAGCCACCCUGGCCCAACAUCACGUGGCCCUCAACGUCCAGCUCCAGGAGGCCUGCUUCCCUCCUGGCCCCAUCAGGCUACAGGUCACAGUUGAAGAUGCUGCAUCCUCUGCCCACGUCUCGCUGCAAGUUCAUCCCCACUGCACCAUUGCGACCCUCCAGGAGCAGGUGUUCUCGGAGUUUGGCUUCCCACCGGCUGUGCAGCGCUGGGUCAUCGGGCGGUGCCUGUGUGUGCCCGAGUGCAGCCUUGCUUCCUAUGGGGUUCGGCGGGAUGGAGAUCCUGCUUUCCUCUACCUGCUCUCAGCCCCUCGAGAAGCCCCAGGACACAGCCCUCAGGGCCCCCAGAAGAUGGAGGGGGAACUAAGUCGCCUGUUUCCUCAGUCACUGGGGCUGCCCAGAGCUCCUCAGCCAGCCAGCUCCAGCCUCCCCAGCCCCCUUCAGCCUGGCUGGUCCUGCCCUUCCUGCACAUUCAUCAAUGCCCCCAGCCGACCUGGUUGUGAGAUGUGCAGCACCCAAAAGCCCUGUACUUGGGACCCCCUUCCUGCAGCCUCCACCGAGCAGCCACCAAAGGUCACACACAAAGAGGAUGGCCCAAUCCCUCCAGGCCCGAGGUCCCUGGACCCCCUCCUGAAACUCUCAGGGGACCUUUGCUGACUGCUUGCUGGGGAUCACACCAGGGCUGUGGAGGGGCCACAAUCUGGAGUCAUUAAAGACACUUCUGAGCCA